UGGCUUCAUUCGAGAUUACUAUGUUGUGAGGUCUUAUUCUCCGACUUCAUCCUGCUCCUUUCUGUGUGAUUAGUAUAUGCGAUAGCCACCUUGCCAUCCUUCCGUUGUCAUAAAUAAAACAUCAAUAUCAUGAGAAUAUUAUCAGGUAAGAAAUGUUUUACAACAUGCCCAGUAAUUUCAACUCAUUGACAUUACAGCAAAACAAAAGAUUUGAAGACAUAGUUUGAUAUCAAAAUAAUUACCGAAGAAAUCAAGAAGUAAUCGCUGGCAGACGUUGUCUUUUCCGCAAAUAUGAGAGACCCCUUACUACAAAUGGCGGGCCUACCAGGAAUGAGAUCUCUUGGAAACGGUCCACUCCCUGACGACGGAGUUGAUCGCACACCAACCGAAAGAUACCUUUACAACACCUUGGAAUUAUACGACAGUAAAAAUUGGUCGAAAGAUUUCCUAUCGACUGACGGACGAGUAAGAUACAUGGAACGCAGUAACUUGGCUCCCCUUUCAGCAAACAAAGAUACGUUCCUUGGUCUGCCUUGCGAUCACAAAGAUGAAUGGCAUAUGGGUUUAACUCACUUCACCUGCCCAUCAGUUACAAGAUUUAUUCCCUGUGGACAAAAGUUGCUUCUUAAGGGUCUUAUGCUUCUACCUUUGCCAAUUAGAGAAAUUAUCUAUGAAUAUGCCGUUCAUCAUGAGGGUCUUCUAAGUUGGGUUACCACGAAUGAUAUAUCGACAUCCACAUUAAAGGCCAAGAAACCAGUUGCUGAUUUCGCCCAGGAGCGGUAUUAUGGGGUCCCUACACUCGAAGAUAAGAUUCAGAUAACCACGUGCCAUGCAAUGGGAGAGUUUUGUUGGGUAAGAGGGUUUGCCGAAGCGUUGCGAAGACGAGAAAACGACGGUAGCCAAGAGGCGAAAGAGGUUUUGAUCGAUUUUCUCGGGUUCCUCAUCCCACGUGUCGUGUGGUGUGUGAAAUGUUGCAACCAGCAGUGGACGAGUGAUCGUAAUGGUCCUAUCAUUGAGUUACUCUUGCAGAAGUCUUUGACGUGGUUGAAGAGAAACAAAUUGUUUCAUCCCUGCAUAAAGCAUAUCUCUAUAGAUUUCGACCCUAGAGAUGAAUUUAAUGUACCAUUUUUUGAGGAUUUUGUUGCUUUAUGCCGGUAUAUAUCAAGCGAUCUUCCCAACCUUGAUUCUGCAAUUAUCUGGUUGACGAUUGCUGAAGAUGAUUUCCAGGAGGUCUUGAAGUCUCCAAUGAGGUUCUCUUGGGUCCGAUUUUUUAGAGAAUUGCGAAUUAAGAAGGUUGAAAUCUGCCCGAUUUUGACCAAAUUGGGAGAAUCAGACGAGUCCAGGAGGUCUAGGUCACGAUAUGCCAUCAAUGUAAGGACUUCUUACUUUUGGGAUUUCCAUCAUGCUAUGCUUGGUUUAAGGAGCCUCCUUAUCAAUGAUUCGAAUAAUGAGAGAGAGUUAAUCACUCAUAUAUUGACCCCAGGUUCCAAGCUUUGGGGCUAUACUGAUGACAUUGAUGACGAUGCCUACAUCUCAUUAAAGUAUAUGGAGAGUUGGCUUAGCUACACUGAUGAUAUUGCUGAUGACGCUUACAUUUCACUACAAUUUAUGGAAGGAUGGAACGAGAAACCCCUCAAGCCGCGUUGCUUUAGAAUGAUCGAAAAUCUUUGCAAACUUUUAAGAAUACGAAGAUAUCAAUUGCCUCGCCAAAGUCCUCCCCAAAGUCCUCCCCAUCAACGAUUCCACAGCAAAUGGCUCCGUGGGUACCACUAG